UUCUGUUCAGUAUAAUCAAGAUAACCCGAUCCGAAUAGCAAUCAGUUUGGCCUAAUGCGUGUCUGUACGGCUAAGCUACCAACUCUGGACGGCUGAACGUAGCCGGAGCGCAGAUACCGAUGAAAGCUCCGGCAGAUGAAUCGAUGCCUGUUAAUGGAACUUUGCUAAUCAGAUUGGUUAAAAGAUGGUCAAGACAGAGGAAGAUGCCUCAGAUACACCAACUGAGAAGUAUCCUUUCUUCAGGAGUUGUAUUUUCGGGCUGAAGUGAAGAUUAGAUGCCGCAUAGGAGUAGCGACAGAAAUCCGGGAUAGGUUGAGACCAGGCUCUGUUAGGUCAGAGUUAUUUCGGGGAACGUGUUUCGGACCAUGGCUAGACAUACGAUCUACAUCUAUCGACUCGAAUUUACUCCAUCUAAUACUACAGACUGAAUAUACCCCGGUUGUGCAUCAAGAUGCGUUAUUUUUUCGUGUUGGAGGUCAGGAGUUGCGGUUUGGACCUCAAGAGUUUUGCCUCAUCACAGGAAUGCGAUUUGGUCCUCAUCAACUUUGGAGACAAAAUCGGAUGCACGUGGGGCUAGAUAUGACAUUUAGGGGGAGGGUAUUUGGUCAUCUACAAGCUAGAGUUCAGGUUUCGGAUCUCAAAAACGUCUUUGAUAGUUCUCUUGAUCAGUUAUCGGACCUUGAUGCAGUACGGCUUUGUCUGCUGAUGUUGCUUGAGGUCGGAUUCAUGGGCAGUCGGUCCUCUUCAUUCAUUCACUCAGAUGUUUUAGAACUAGUGGAGGAUUUGGACUCAUGGAACACAUUUCCAUGGGGUUCAUAUGUCUGGAAAGUUGUGUACAGGCAGCUACAUAAUGCGCUGCCAAAACAUUCUGCACGACGCGCUUUUUCGCCGCAGCCACAUAAUGCGCUGCCAAAACGUUCUGCACGACGCUUUUCGCCACUUAAUUAUUCGCUAGAGGGAUUUAUUUGGGCCUUUAAGAUAUGGAUCUUCGAGGUUUUCCCAUACUCUGAGAAGUUUGCUAUCAAGCAUGGUGGGAUUCCGAGGGCCAUUAGCUGGGGCAAGAACAAAUGUAUAACAUGGAAGCAUGCACUACCAUUUGUCGUGGAUGCCGCAGUGCCUGGACUUGAGCCACUACCAGUGUUGACACCAACUCUCGAAGAGUGCGCCACUGAUUGGUGGCGCGCAAGCUGUCAGUUUUUUAACGGCUAUUUUUCACCGCUGUUGAAGAAGGCACACUUAUCAUCGCCACCUCAGCCGUCGGUUAUGGUCCGUGAUCAGCUGGUAGACAACAAUAGCAACACCACUACCAUGCUUGUAGAGGACAAUACUGACAACACUUCUAAUAUCGCCACUACUCAUCAAAGUACGGGGUGGAGAGAAAAUAUGGAGAAAACAAUGCUAGUGAAUAAGUUACAGAAGCCGUCGGUUAUAAAACGUCUCACUAGUCUAGACACACAUGCUGAUGAGUUAUAUUCGGCUAAGGUGAAGAUUAGGUUGGGACCAGGCUCUGCCAGGUCGGAGUUAUUUCGGAGCACGUGUUUCGGACCAUGGCUAGAUAUACAAUCUCUAUCUAUUGACUCGCCUUUAGUCCAUCUGAUACUACAGACUGAAUAUACCCCGACCCCGGUCGUGCAUCAAGACGCGUUAUUUUUCCGUGUUAGAGGUCAGGAUUUGCGGUUUGGACCUCAAGAGUUUUGCAUCAUUACCGGACUCCGAUUCGGUCCUCAAAAUUGGAUAUACAGAAGUACAGAUAUGACAUUUAGGGAGAGGGUAUUUGGUCAUGUAGAAGCUAGACCAAAGGUUUCGGAUCUCAUAAACGUCUUUAAUCGCUCUCUUGAUCGGUUAUCGGACCUUGAUGCGGUACGGAUUUGUCUGCUGCUGUUGGUUGAGUUCGGAUUCAUGCCCUGCGAUCCCCGUGCAUUGGUUCACUUGAAUCUUCUAGAACUAGUGGAGGAUUUGGUCUCGUGGAACACAUUUCCAUGGGGUUCAUACGUCUGGAAGUCUCUGUACAAGCAGCUACAUAAUACGCCCGCAAAGCGUUCUGCUCGACGCCAUUAUACACUUGGUUAUUCGCUCAGUGGAUUAAUUUGGGCCUUUAAGAUAUGGAUCUUCGAGGUUUUCCCUUACGCUAAGACGUUUGCUAUUAAGAAUGGUGGGAUUCCGAGGGCCAUUAGCUGGGGUACGAACAAGUGUAUAACGUGGAAGCUUGCAUUGCCAUUUGUCACGGAUGCCACAGUGCCGGGAUUUGAGCCACUACCAGUGUUGACACCAACUCCCGAAGAGUGCGCCACUGAUUGGUGGCGCGCCAGCUGUCAGUUUUUUGACAGCUAUGCUAAUGAUUCUUCACCGCUGUUGAAGAAGGCACGGUUAUCACCGUCACCUCAGCCGUCGCUUAUGGUCCCUGACCAGCUGGCAGAGGACAUUGCUGACCCCACCGACAUGCCGAGCUCAGACAACUCCACUGGUCACCAAAGUACGGGGUCCAGGACAAAUAUGGAGAAAACUACGGAUAAGUUACAGAAGCCGUUGGUUUUGACACAUCGCACGAGUUUAGAGGAGCGCGUUGAUGAGCUAUUGAAGGCCAAGCGGCCACUUUGUCUAAAGACGGAGAUACCGACGACUUCAGACUUGUUUGGUCCUUUUGACCACGUAGAGGAUCGUGUUGUGGUGGGAAAGGUUUCAUCUGAGUCUGACAUAAUUUGUGUCCAAGGCUACAACGUAAAGCAAAGUGUCGCACCGAUUCUCGAAUCCAUUUUUAAGAAACACGGUGACAUUGCAGCAGAUUGCCUAUUCAAACCAGCUUCUAUGAGAUCAUCUUUCCUUGAGAUCGUUUGCGAAGCAGUCAGUCGAAUUCAAACCAAUGAUGAUAUUGAAGAAAUAGAACAGCAAGUGGUAGUUGCAGAAGCAGCCAACAUUAACGUUUCAUGGCUUCGAGUUCACUUGGACACCAUCCGCGCCCGCAGGAAGUGCAGUUUGCUUAUGGAAACGAAAGCAAACACGAGUUUAGUUAAAAGAGCUGCCUUAAUGGAUCUGAGAGAGAGUUGCGUGGAGCUCAUGGCCGCGCAAGAACGGUUUGAAAAGGCGGAAAGAUGUGUGAGAGUACUUAAUCUUGUUGAAAAUAAUAUAAAUGAUAACAUCUUGGAAUCUUAAGGUAGUAUAGACUCAUGGGCAAGACAACCAGUGGUUUUAUAGGCUAACUAAAUUUGAUGUAGAUGUAUAGGCGAAAACUUGAGAAGGUGUAGAAUGCACAACUCUGGUAAAUGUUGUAUCUGAAACACCCUUUCUCCUGCUGAGAUGAUACAGUUGGAGUUGGGAUUUACUGAGUAUGAUGAUGAUGAAUAUCAAUUUUUACUUGUUAACUAA